CGCUGGGUCGACACAGCUGUCAGAUAGUCGGUCGUGGCUCGGCAGCUGUUAGGUCCAGGCGUCUUCAACACUAGCAGUAUAGCAGCCAUGAACACCACAGCCUCCGUAUUAGUCCUCCUUUUAUUGGCGCUGGGGUCUCUGGUGGAUGCUGAGAAAGAAUGCACUCCUGGCGAGACGAAGCAACUGGACUGCAACACAUGCUUCUGCACCAAUUCCGGCUUGUGGGGAUGCACGCUCAUGGCGUGCCGCCCUUAUACUCUGCAGCCAGUUCCGACACCUGGCGAGGAGGCAACCAGAGUGAGACGGUCUGAGGGACACUGCACGCCCAACACGACGUUCAAGAAGGAAUGCAACACGUGCUCCUGCAACAGGGACGGCACAGCGGCCGUCUGCACGCUCAAGGCCUGCCUCUCGCGCUCCAAGAGGGAAGUGUCCUGCACCCCCGGGGCUACGUACAAGGAGGGGUGUAACAUCUGUCGCUGCCGGUCAGAUGGAAAGUCCGGAGCCUGCACAAGAAAGACCUGCCAAGUGGACUCCAACUGAGGACACCCCUCAACAUUCAACAUUUUCUAAUAACAGUUUGAAGAAACAUGUAUAACAUUUCAUUUAUAGCCUGUUCACUCCUGAGAUAAAAAAAAAGUUGCACCAAAUUUUUCUUUUCAUAUUUUCCAGCAAACCAAUAAAUAAAUGUGACACAAAUGUAAA